AUGUCUUGUCAUAGUGAGAUAGAAGCCGAGUGGGCAGACAAAGAAAUUCCAAAACUCAACCAGCUGAUCGCAAAGGAGGAGAAUGAGAUGAGAGAAGAAGCGUGUAUGACGCGAGUUUCAGAUUCGAUUGUCAGAACCCAAUCACCGAGAAACUUCCUAAACUCAACGUCACCAUCAAAACCGUACCAAGCAACAGUCGCAGAGCCUCUAGAAUCGCCACAAACAACUACUGAAUCAAACUCAUCUCAAAUGCCGGAUAUUCUUGGACGAUGGGGGAGUCUGGAAACAUACAGCAGAUUCAACUUUGAAGCUCUUCAGCAUGCCCUCAAACAAGCUCUCACUGGCGAUCAAAGAAACGAUGACGGCAAGCCUGCUGAUCGAAUCGAAUCAACAGAAGAGGCGGGGGCGAAUGAUCAAGAGUCUGAGCUAGAAGCCGCUUUUCUAAAAGACUCCGAUGAAGAGAAUGAAGUUGUUGAAGAGGAUGGAGACGAAGACUGGGAGGAAUACUUUGAUUGCGAAGAGAACAUGAGCGACGAAGAUUACUUCUUGUACGACAGAGGUCUUCGAGAUGAAGUGUCUGAGUACAUAAACGAAGAGGCAGAGCAAGGUCCAGAAGAAGACGAGCCUCAGUUUGCAGCACAUUUAUUUAGCAACCCACUACAAUCACUUGAAGACCAAGAAAACAAUUACGAUGCUAGUCCGCCUAAUUUAACCAAUCUGAAAAAUCCAUCAGAUAAACUUUCUUCCCAAAAGCUAUCCAGAACCUGGGUCACACGCUUCCCGGCUAAGAAGGCAAGAGCAGACGCCGCCGUAUGCCCAGAGGACCUGGUAGAUUUAUAUACCCAUCUAGCGACAAUGUGCUACUUUUACUCAUGA